AAGGGGGAACCAACGAGCUGUUGUUGGUAUGACGAUGUCUCAUCUGAAGAUCUUUUCAUGAAAAUAGUAAAAUACGGCGUAUAUGCAUAGAUGGGUCAAAUCCCCUCUGGUGAAUAUAGCAGAAACAUGUCUGCGCAUCGUUCUAGAUAGGAUCUACUCUGGUACACAUCAGCACUCUCCCUGAUCGUUCUCGAACCACGCAUCUUGGAAGCGUGGUGGCAGAUUGUGUGUACAGGGAGAAAACCCAUCAGGUAAAAGCAAAAAGUGUCAAGCUGCGAUCUAAAUCCUCUCGCUAUUCAACCCGCUCAGGACCUAUCUAUAUUUUGUGCUCGCCGUGUCUGUUUUUACUCAGUAGCAUCAUUGUUCACCCCCGCGUCCUCAAAAAUAGCCCGCGCUUAGCUUCACCCGUAUCAUACAAUAAUCACACGACUGUAUAUCAUUCGUCCCUCUUAAAAUACGCCGCACAAUAACGCCACCGACAAGGAUCUGUCACCGCCGCCGCUUAUAAGAAUACGUUGGGGCGGUUCGUCAAGCAACGGUCAUGGCUUCCGAGAAGCGCUCGUCGUGCCCUCAGAUAGGGGAAGAUGUCCUCACCCACCAUAUCCCCAUUAACCCAGAUAUAGAGGGGGCUACCGAUAGCAAAGCCAGCGACACCGAUAGAAUCGAUCCCCAUGUUGAGAGACGGCUCCUAUGGAAGAUUGAUCUUCACGUAUACCCUAUCCUAUACGUCGUGUACGCCCUUUCCUUCCUGGACCGCAUUAACAUCAGCAAUGCUCGCAUCCAGGGCCUCGCCGAGGAUCUCGAGCUGCACGGGAAUCGGUUCAAUGUCGCUUUAUUUGUCUACUUCAUCCCGUAUAUCCUUCUCGAGAUACCCAGCAAUAUGAUUAUCAAAAGAGUGCGGCCAUCCUGGUAUCUCUCUGGCCUCAUGUUUAGCUGGGGCAUAGUGAACAUGUCAAUGGGCUUCGUCAAGACGUACGCGCAGCUCGUCGUCCUGCGCUUCCUGCUAGGCGCCCUCGAAGCGGGCGUGAUACCAGGCAUCAUCUACCUGACGUCUAUGUACUACAGACGCCACGAUUUCCAGGUCCGGAUGAGCUUUUUCUUCACCUCCGUGGUUGUGGCGGGAGCCGUUGGAGGACUCCUCGCGUACGCCAUCGCAGAUCUAGACGGACAGCUGAACAUCCGCGCCUGGCGCUGGAUCUUCAUUAUCGAGGGCGCGGUGACUGCGUUCGUCGCUCUGAUCGCUGUCUUCCUAAUCGUCGACUGGCCCUCGCAAGCACGCUUCCUAAGCACAGAAGAAAAGGCUCUUCUCACUCGCAUCCUCGCCGAAGACGGCGGUGAUGAAGCGCGCAUGGACGUACUAAACAAGCAAGCCUACAAGCUCAUAUUCCGGGAUUUCAAGAUCUGGCUCGGGUCUCUGAUCUACCUAGGCGUGGGUGCAACGGGGUACUCCCUCGUGUUCUUCAUGCCCACCAUCCUCGUCGAGUUCGGGUGGAAGGCCCGCGAGGCACAGGUCCACAGCAUACCCGUGUAUGCCGUGACAGCGGUUGUUAUGGUCCUCGUGGCGUGGCUGUCGGACCGCCUCCGCCACCGCUACGGCUUCAUCCUGCUGGGCUGUUCACUUGCCACCGUCGGCUACGGCAUUCUCCUCGGACAAGACGGGCUUAGCCGCGACGUCAAGUACGGCGCGCUGUUCUUCGCCUCUGUCGGCGGAUACAUUGCCACGCCGAUGGCGCUCGCGUGGCUCUCCAACAACAUCUCGGGACACUGGAAGCGCGCCUUCGGCGCUGGGAUACAGGUCACGGUGGGGAAUAUCGUCGGCGUCGUCUCGGCGAACGUUUUCCUCGAGCGUGAGGCGCCGAGGUACCACACUGGGUACGGCACCGCGCUGGCAUUCAAUUGGCUUGGCGGUAUUGCCGCUACGGCGAUGUUCGUGGGCAUGUUGCUUGAGAACCGCAAGCGAGACGCUGGCGGUAGAGAUUAUAGACUUUCUCGGCCUGACGAGGAAGUGCGGAAUCUUGGGGAUGACCACCCCUCUUUCCGGUUUACCCUUUGAAAAGCGCUGAGGUUCUUGACCUGGGGAGAGGGUAAUCUUUGUAUGUAGAAUUGCGACGACAAAUGCUCACAUGUUCGUCAAAAUGCAAAUGGAUAGACUGCUUGACUUAUUUACGAUAUCAUUCCUAAGUACUUCGGAGAACGAAGAUAAGAGUGUGAUGAGCAUUGUGAGAUCAGAGUGGGCAAUUAGUAUUGUAGAUUCGCAUAGAUGGUCGGUACAGCUCCUCAGUGUAGGCUAAAAAGCAGUGCAAUCGCCUUAUGUCAUUUCAUUUAUACAUUAUCGAAUCUCAACUGGUAACG